AUGCAAUCCAACGAGGAGACGUGGAGCCGGGACGCGGCCACGCUGUACGCCACGCCUCUGUCGUCGCGACGCCAGCGGCCGCAGUCGGACUGGCAGACGGCGCCCCUGGGCGGCUGGGACUCGACGCCGCCGCGGCGGCACCGCUCGCAGCUGACGCUGAGAACCACGUCGCCAGCGCCCGCCAGCGACGCAGGAUGGUCCCAGGAGGUGCGUCGCCCCUACCUUGGCUGGCGCUCUCUGGAGCGUCUCUCGCGCCGCCCCUGGACGCCCGAGGAGCGCCUCGCCGCCAGUCUGCUGGAGCGCAGCGGCCGCUCCACCCCCGCAUCCAGCAAAGAAGCAUCUGCCCCCAAUAAGCAGAGCACCAGCACUCACCGGACCCAGACAUCUGAUGCCGACGCUUCGCGAGUAAGAACCGCCGCGUCAUCCCUCCGUAGCGAACCAGUGGAUACCUCGACGCCUCCAGCCACCAGUGGUCGCACAGAACAGACGACUGACAAUCACAGGCAGUCCAAAGAACUCUCUCCUUUGUCGAGACGCGUCACUACACUGACCGUAACAGUAAAUGAGCGUAAUCGGGACGCAGAGACUCCCUCCUCGUCUGGAAGCAAAUCUGCCGAAUUCAGUGAUAUGUCUACUGGCAGCCUCGAACAGAGGUCAGCUGAGGAAGACUGUAGUCGGAAGCGGCACAUUGGGUAUGAGAAUUCUGAACAUUUACAACAGGAUACACUGCCCAGUGUCAGUAAUUAUCCUGAAGUAAAAUCUCAAAAGAGUCCACAGCACAAAGGACUGCCUUUGUCCACGCAGAUCAAGACACUGCCUGUAAGGACAACUGAACCUGCUGAAGACUUGGCUCUUGCAUCACACAAUUACCCCUCCAAGGUCCAAGACCAACCCAAUGAUCUACAACAUUUCCCAUCAGCUGAAGGGGACACUGUCUCAAGAGGAAUGACACCCGAUCUUACAUCUCGGGAUAUGAGAGAAGAGAAAGGUACCACACUGAAGCAUCAAUAUCAAAAUGGGCCAACACAGUUACUCACACAGCUCAAGGCGCUGUCUGUAACAACUCAUUACAAUAACGACGGCGACAAUUUGUCUGCCAAGGCUAACGACAAGCAUUUUCCAGCUAGAGAUCUGUUGGCGAGAUCGUACGACACAGUGCCGCUUAACGCGAGUAACGUGCCAACGUCUGCCAAUACAACUUCGGCACCGGUCCCAGCCAGUGGGGAAGAUUACUAUCGUACUACAAAUCACGUGAAUUUGACAAAGUCACCAUUGCUGCGCGAGCGCACCUUCACCAUAGAUCAAAGUAUCGUUUCCGCCAAUGGAGACUUCAGAACGAAACAGUUGCCGACGGUGGAGCUGCGCACACGGUCUCUUGAGGUUACUCUCCCACAAAGAGUGACGACUAAUGAUACUUCUCGCAAGGUGUCGAUUCAAGAACAGUUCUGGGUCGCUGAAGAUCAUACACCGAGUGCAGUACAAGAGGAUCCGUCUCUCUUAAUUUUGCCGCUGGUUAAACAAACUGUGGCAACCGUUCCAGCAGCACACAGCAGCUCGAUUAGUUCCAGUAUCGCAAACAGGAAAUCUACGCCAACUUUCCCCACCUCUUCUCCCAUCAAAGCAUCACCAGGUGCUGCAAUUGACACUAAGACGUUACCGUAUCCAGUACAGCUUGAUUACGUCUCCAACACCAACUCUCCCUCUUCUUCUGGGGCAAAAACGUUCGAUGUCAACCAGCUGCGAUCUGUAGAGCUCCGAACUCGAUCUGUUGAGAUACCUUUACCUCAGGUAACUUCUGUUAUUGCAGACCCAGCGGAUUCCGAUUUCUCGCCGUCUGCUGCCGCUAAGAAUACUUCAGUACCCAAUAUCCUGGAAGGUUCUUCCCUGUCAUCCGCGGUCAGUCGAGCUAUAUCUAUGCCUCCAGUGCCACGCGACCGAACAUUUUGUAUCGAAUCUCCUUCUGUGCCCCUUAAGGGCACUUCUACCUUCAGACAGUUACCUCCUGCUGAAUUCCAAAGCCCAUCAUCUGACGUAACCCUGGUUCAGAGAGGAAGUACUGUAGCUACUGCGAGGCCUUAUUCCCAUCGCCAGGAAACCGAACCUGUACCAUCCGGACUCAAUCAUAGACAUUCGGUGCCUGCUUCUCCACUUGUCGAAACUUCGCUGACGACCAUUCAUGUGACACCAUCGCCUGUAGUGGCAGAGUACCGAUCAGUCUAUUCCGACACAAGUCCUCUUUUAGGCAGGAAGCCGUUCACUGUCAAUCACGUGGAGGCUCCCGGUGGGUAUCGCACGAAAAGCUCAGCCAAAGACACCAAAUCCCGGGAGGUUUCACUCUCUUCUGCGUUGCCGACACCUUUCGAGCCAAUGCCGAUUUCGCAAAGUAAAAUACCUGUACCCACUGCGUCCAAACCAUCUUCUGAAAAGGAAACUGCAGUAACUGCACAAAUGGACACGUCUCACAGACCGCUCAAUCACAUUCAGCCCACUGAACGUACACAAAAAUUCUCGCUUCCUGCGACUUCCGUGAUACGGCGUCCUUCUUACAGGGUAGCCACAAGAAACGAACUGAAUCCAAGUUACAGAAAAAAACGAUCCGCCGCAGGUGUGAACACGGUUGGUGACGUGAUUUCUACGUCAGUUACAUCGCCAACUGAGAAUUCUUUUUCCAAGACAGCACCAAUAGUAAAGCCGCCACGCCUCCGCACCAAGGAUAAUUCCACGACCACACCAAAACCGCUUACACGGCAGAAACACACACUGGCGGCACAAACGGUGCAACGCUCAGACAAUGUAGGACCAGUUACACACAACACAGAGCUUCAUCUUCCGAACGGCGUGUCUCCGCUGCCAUACUCGGCACUUAGAAUUCUUGACUCUCAGCGUCCUACAAACACCACGUCUGUAUCAUUCAAACUUCCUGUUUCCUCCGAAUCAAACACACCUGCCUCUAAACAGUCGAUGCCGUCACUCCAGAACAUUCCCAAUCCAACUCUUCUGACACCUCUUAAGUAUAAACCAUGUACAACAACAGACCUGUAGCGCUUCCACUCAUCUUCCAGUGAUACUUUCGUCGAAGAGGACUUUCUGUUAUCAGCCGUGGCCUAUAGAGUGGACAUAAAACCUGUGAAGUUCUCAUGUCGGAGGUGACGAGGGCACCUAUUGAGAGAUCUGGUACGCUGGAUGUGUUCCCUCCUGUUUUUCCUGACUGUGCAGACGAUACUCUUCUGCCUCUUUCCGUAUGUUAAAUGUGUUUUAUGGAAGAAAUUACUAUCACGAAUAUGUUUUCAAAAUUUCAACAUAUUUUUCCAGAUACCAGCAGAUUCCACACCCAUGUAAAUGACAUACAAGCAAUGAAGGAGGAAAUGAUGUAUGUCGAAUAUAUGUACUUACGUGAUUGUAAUUUACUAUUUGUAUAGAAAUGAAGAGUUCUGGCACAAAUAAUUCAUUAGCGUAACAAAUAUUGUAAU